AUGCAGUUAGAAGUUGCUGAAGCAGCUUCAGAGAGGUUAUAUCCUGCUCUUUUUCAAUGUUUCACUGUUAUUUUGAGUGGGUAUGUAGCUGGAAGAUUAAAUGUGGUUUCCAAAUCGGAAUCCAAAGGCAUUGCCACCUUUGUGGGGACUUUUGCCUUGCCAUCAUUAAUAUUUUUAUCUUUAGCCCAAAUAGACUUCAGUGUUGUUAAUUGGACAUUUUUAUUUUCGAUGUUGUUGGCCAAAGGAAUUGUAUUUUUUGCUGUAGUCAUUGUUACUAUAAUUGUUUCAAAGCCUAUGAACUUAGGGCAAGCUGGAAUGUUUGCAAUAUUUUGCACGCAGAGCAAUGACUUUGCAUUAGGAUAUCCAAUCAUUAAUGCAAUUUAUGAAAAAACUCACCCAGAAUAUGCAUUGUACCUAUAUUUAAUGGCACCCAUAUCACUUGCCAUUCUUAAUCCCAUUGCAUUUAUAUUACUGGAGAUUAAUAAGCAGAAACAAAACAAUUCCAACGAGUGUGAAAACUUGCAAAAUCAGGAAAAUUAUGUUAUCAAACUGAAAAUGCUUCUUCAAAUAAUAAAAGGAAUAGUACUUAAUCCAGUAUUAGUAAUGACUGUCCUUGGCAUAGCUGGAAAUAUUAUCUUCAAGCAUAAUCUAUCUAUCUAUAUUGAAGGACUUUUAGAGGUUUAUGGCCAAGCUUUUACUGCAGCAGCUCUUUUCUUAUUGGGACUUCGAAUGGUUGGGCAAGUCCAUAGAUUAAAAGGACCGGCGUUAAUUUUACCUUGUGUUUUAAUAAUGGUUAAAUUAAUUAUAUUACCAGUUGUGAUGAGAGAAUGUGUCACAGCUCUAAAACCUGGUGAAAAUGACUCUGAAACAUCAUCCCUCUCCACAUAUGCUUUUCUUUAUGGUACCAUACCUACAGCACCUGCCGUGUUUGUGUUUUCAAAUCUAUAUCAAUUAGAAAUGGACUUAAUGGCUUCCUCAAUGGUUAUUUGUACAUUCCUAUCAGCACCUAUUACAUUCCUUUCUGCUCAAGUGAUUACUCUAAAUAAGGAUUUUGCUGACCAGUUGAAGAAGUUUGGUUUUGACCUUUCUAUAAUUGCGUUAUUUGCUGCAUUGUGGAUAUUUAUAGUUUUCACAGUCACAAAAAAAUAUAAACGGAUGCCCCACAGAAUUACCUUCUGUUUAAAUAUUUCUCAGAUAAUAUUAGCAGUUAGUGUAAUAUGGGGCGGUCCAUUUAACAAUUACCCACCAUCAUGGCAGGAAACAGUGCAACAAGCAUUACAGAUAUUUGGGACAUACUCCUGUUUACUAUGGACAUGUAUGUUGUCUGUCGGGCUACUUACCUUGGAGAGUCGGGGACCAUGUUUCGUUUUGACGUUGUGGCCGGUACUGGCAUUUGUAGCUUGGGGGGCUCCUGCCGUGAUGGUAAUCAUAUUGCUAGCAACGAAACCCACUGCAGGAGUACUAGAAAGCAGCUCUACAGAUGCAAUUCGUCUAUGCCUGCUCGUUUUCAGCCUAACAGUAACUUCGGGUUGCUUGAUACUAUACAUUAGAUUUCGUAGACGAAGUUCUCACUUCGCUGCACUAUCUGAGGAUCUGGCGUCAGGUUCCAGCCCACCAGAUGAAUCCACCAGUCUCGUCGAUAAUGCAGAGCCUACUUCACAUACGCAGUCUGUAUCUAAUAUGGGAAUGGAGGAUCAUGGCUGUUAUGGAACUAUAACCGCGACGCCGUCUCCUAACAAAAACCCUAAUGGCUGUUGUUCCGACGACCCUAACUGCGAGAAUGGAGGAUUCAUGAAUUCUUCUUCCCGCGACUUGCAAGACAUGGCUCAUAAUGACAAGGGGUGCGCGUGCCGGCCUUUGCGCAGAGGGCGCUGCGGUGCGCCCGCCGAGUGCCAGUACUUGAGCGAGCUGGAGCACGCCGCCGGCCAGCUGGGCCUGCUGCCGCCCGAGCAGAGCCGAGGCAGGGGCGGCCAGCUCAUGAGCCACACCGUCCUCGUGAUCGCGUACAACCUCGCCAUGUUCAUCGGAGUAACGUACACUGCGUGGCGAGUGUUGAGAAAGGACGAAAGCGGAAUAUUCAUCGAGAUUGAAUUCUUCGACAUCGCCGUGAACAACGGGCAGCCGUUGGUUAUGUUCGUCCUUUUCGGGCUUAAUCCUCAAGAGAUCAUCGUGCCCGUCGUUAGAUUCUUGAAGAAUAAAUGGCACGGCGCGGAAACCGUGGUUCUACCGCCCAUUGAAGAAUUGAGCUUCGAAACUAAACACGUUUGCGAUCAAUUCAUCACGCACCACUUGUCGCGUUGCGAGGAAGCUAUUGCAGAAGAUAUAAGAUGGAGAAUGCGCACGUACCGUGGCGUGUUCAGGGGUUCCUGUUUGGUUCGUUGGUUGAUCAUGUCUGGCCUCGCCAACGACGAGUUCGAAGCAGUUGUGUACGGGCGGCAUUUACUUGACGGCAGGCUAAUUUCGCACGUGAAAAGCACCUACCACUUCACGAAUGGCCCUCUGUUAUACACCUUCAACCAC